CCUCCUAAUUGCUUAAAUAAAUCAUGUGGGACCGUGUUCCACAGAUUUAUUUUCUCAUUUUUAACUAUUUAUUUAUAAAAAUAUUCAGACGUGUUUUUGACGCUGCGGCUGCAGUUCCUCCCACAAACACCAGGGGGCGGAGUCAACCCCAGCGCUGUUUACUGAAGCACUUCCUGUGUGAGCCGGAAACUCAUGUCCGUGGUAAACACACGGGGAGCCUCACGUGUGUCUGUUCGGUUCUGUUCGGUUCCGCGGCGGGUCUGUUUGGGUCGGUUUGGUUCUGGUUUGGUUCGGUUCGGUUCGGGUCAUGGAGGACAGUGGUUUCAUGAAACUCCCGUCGGCGCCGGAGCCUCUGGGGCCGCGGAGGAAGAGGCCGAAACCCGCCAAGUGGAACCCGGAGAAAGAGGCGCGGCGCCGGGAGGAAAACGUCCGGAGAGUCGCUGCGCUCGGAGAAGAAGAAACAUCCACCCGCCUCCUGGAACAAGCGCUGUUCAGAACAGACGAAGAAGAACUCCUGACCCAACUGAACCAGGAGGAGCAGGAUCCUGAGGCUGCUCUGCGAUUGGACGAGAGCGAUGAUGAUGAUGAUGAAGCUGGUGAAAAAUCACAUGAUGAAGAAGAGCAGCAACCGCCAAUCAAACGCCCCGCCUGGAUCGACGAGGACGACGAGACCGAGGAGCAGGUGGACGUGACUCACAGGUUUCGCAGAGAUUUGGUGAAAGGAGGAGAAACGUCUCUGAGUAAAUCUGACCUGCAGCAGCGCAUGAAGGAGAGGUUCCAGAGGGCGAUGGGCGGGACUCCGGCCUGGGCCAAAAUCGACCCAAAACAAAACAAGAAAAAGAAACAAGUUCAGGACUCAGAUUCUGAUGAAGAUGAAGAUUUGACCAGAAAAACCGGAACCUUCACCAGAACCUCAGAAAACCUGCCCAAAGGAAUCAUCAAGAUGAAGAAGUGUCUUGAUGCGAACUCGUCUCGUUCUUCGUCAGAUUCUCUCACUUCGGUUCAGUUCCAUCCCAACGCUCAGGUCGUCAUGACGACGGGACUCGACCAAUCACUGUGUCUCUUUCAGGUGGACGGUGAGUCUAAUCCUCUGGUGCAGAGUAUUUUCUUGGAGAAGUUUCCGGUGUUUCGAGCUCGUUUUUCUUCCGACGGUUUCACGGUUUUGGCCACGAGUUUCCGGAACAAACUCUUCUACCUGUACCACAUGAUGGAGGGAAAGGUCACGCCCGUGUCAGGGGUCAGAGGUCUGACCGAGAGGCGUGUGAAGGAGUUCUCGAUGUGUCCUGUGGGGGACACUGUUCUGCUGACGGGGACCAGAGGAUAUCUGCACCUGCUCUCGCUCAAGACGAACGAGAUCGUGCGGAGCAUGAAGUUGGACGGAGAAGUGAGUUCUGUGGCCUUUUCCUCCGACGGGGACAAAGUUUUCUCCAGCUCAGAGGAGGGCGAGGUUUUCUUGUGGGACCUCAGAUCUUCUCGAUGUUUGAACAGAUUCACAGACGACGGUUGUGUCAAGUCCACGUCCAUCUGCACGUCUCCCAACGGACGCUACCUGGCCUGUGGGUCUCAGUCCGGGGUGGUGAACAUUUACUCCGUGGACUCGUGCGUCUCGUCGUCUCGUCCUAAACCCCUGAAGUCCGUCAUGAACCUGGUGACUCCAGCCACGUCUCUGCUCUUCAACCCGACGUCGGAGCUGCUGGCGCUGGGCUCCAGAGCCGAGGACGAGGCCCUGCGGCUGCUGCACGUGCCCAGUCUCACCGUCUUCUCAAACUUCCCGGUCUCCAAGAGGAAGAUCUGCAACAGGGUCCAGGACGUGGGCUUCUCCCCCCACAGCGGCUUCUUCUGCCUCGUCAACAACAGAGGCCGCGCCCCCCUGUACAGGCUGCUGCAUUAUAAAGACUUUUAAGGGUCCUGAUGAAUCUGAUGAACCGGUCUGGACCGGGACUUGGAUCUGAACGGGUCUGGACCGGGACUUGGGACUUGGGACUUGGAUCUGAACGGGUCUGGACCUGAGACCAGAGCGUGGUCCUGGUGUUUGGACCCUCCGCCUCCAGUGACUCUGUUUUACUUUUAUUAUUUGUAUAAAAUUCUGUUUUAUAAAAAUGUGUAAAACUUCAGUUGUUUGUGAUGUUUCUGUUCGUGUCCUCCAGGGUCACGACCCCCCCCCAGUGAACAGGUUCAAAGGUCAAACUAUGACCUCACCUCUUUGUCAAAGCCUGGUCCUGGUCCUGGUCCUGGUCCCGGUCUUGGUCUUGGUCUUGGUCUUGGUCCGGUCCUGGUCCGGUCCUGGUCCUGGUCUGUGCUCUGAGCCUGAGUCUGUGCAGAGGAAACAGUUUCAGGGUGCGAGUGUCAGAGGUCGAAGGUUUGAGCUGCACAGAGACUCUGAGGAUAAAAUACAUUUAGUUAUUUAAUAUCAUUUUCUUUUCCUCCUUAAUUCCACUUUCUGAUUCACAUUUGAGAUUUGUGUUUGUAUGAAAUGUAAAAAUGAGUAAAAACAAAUAAAUAAAACUAUUGAGGUGU